CUCAGUCCCUUCCAAUCAUACUGAACACUUUGAGCGUCAAACAUGAGCGACGUUCGCAACAUUCUCGACCUCGAAGGCAGCAAAUCAGAAGUGCUCUCGUUGAUUGCCGACAAGGCGCCGAGGGGACACCGGAGCACUGUGCCCAGACCCGAAAAGCCCGCGGGAAUGUCGAUGGAGGUCUACCGGCUGUACCUGGCGCGGUCGUCGGCCGUCCCGACAGACACGACAAGCCAAGGGUAUGUGCAGCACAAGGCGCGGCUGGGAAACAGGCGCGCGGUGCAGUGGCGCAUGACAGAGUUCACCAAUCCUGCGCGCCAGGACGAGCUCGUCCUGCGCCACUGGUGCAAGGCGGCAGAUGCUGACAAGGAGUACAAGUUUGCCAAGUGGAACCGCGCCAUCGUCAUUCCAGAGUACUCGGACGAGGAGUACGCAACGAUAAUAGAGACAACACAGCCAGGCAUUGAAGCCUUUAUGCCAAAGUAUACGCCUCAUCCAUCGACCAAAGCACCGACGGCCAACGCGGCAAGCACUACGACAAGCAGCACAGGCGCGCUUGCUACUAGCACAUCUUCGAGCGAGGCCGCACCGUCAGAUUCUGCAUCGGCAGGCCGCAUUCAGCUUCCUGCCGCAGCAGCCGCCUGGACCAAACCCGACACUGACCAUCUGUUCGCUCUCUGUGCCGAUUUCGAUUUACGCUUUGCUGUGAUUGCAGGGCGCUACGAAGGCUCCGUCCCACGCACGGUUGAGGAGCUGAAAGAUCGCUUUUACUCUGUUUGCAAUCGGCUCGCCAUCGCGCGUGCACGCACCGCUGCGCUCGCCGCUGGAGUGACUGAUGCGCAAAGCAUGGCGGCCUUCUUGGCCCGACAGGCUGCAACGGCUGCAUCUGGUCUGACACAGGGAGGAGCGGAUGGAGGAGAUAUGCUGCCGGAUGUUCCUCUCGAACAGCAGCAGGCCUUGUACCAGCCAUCGCAGCCGCCCACCAGCAGCAUGGAUACCAGCGACGACACUGCGGCGAGCACAGGUGCAUCCUCUGCGGGCUUGCGGCGCAGCAGCUCGAGCAACAAACCAUCCUCUUCCCUCAAAAGCGCCGCGCCGAGCGCGGCCGCGCUAGCCCCCACUACCGAUGCUCUUAGCUCGAACAACCGCGUCCCUGGCGUGCAUUUGAUCUUUUACGAUGCCGACCACGAGGUUCGACGCAAGCUGCAGCUCGAGCGGAUGCUACACCGCACAUACGCUCAAAUCCGCGAAGAAGAAUUCCUCAUUGGCGAGUUGCGAAAAAUCGAGUCACGCGGACGAGAGCGCGAAAAGGAGCGAGAAAGCGCAUCUCGUAUUAUGAAAGACGACGAUGCCGGGCGAGGGCCCCUCGUCAGCGAAACCACGAAAAAGAAAAAGAAAAAGUCCAGCUCCUCGCGAUCAUCCACGGCGGUUUCGGCGGCCGGUGCAUCUUCCGCCGCCACCGGAGCAUCUGGCGCCUCUCUGGAUGCGCCCGAGGCCGUUGCCGGCCCGUACGAUCCGGCCUCGUCGUCUGCAGCAGCAGCCGCGGCCAUUCGCCGCGAGCGUCCGAUCGGCACGCAUCUGCGCAGCUCGCGCUUUGCUCCUCUUCAAAUCGGCACAAAGGCGGCCAAGCGUAUCGACCUGCUGCUCGAAGAGCUUGGCGCUAAUGUGCGGUUUAUGCCAACGCUUGUCGUCUGCGACGAGUUUGACGAGCUACGUGCAGAAAUUCUCGGUGUGUUGGAUUUGAAAAAGCACACCGAUGCACGUGAAUACGACGUCAACCUGCUCAAGCAUCGGCGACGCGCUCUGCUCCAGCAAUUGCACCCAGAUCAAGAAUUCCCGGACGAUACCGUUCCUGUUUCUGAUGCGACUGGUGCGGCAAGUCACCAUUCUCAGUCGCACUCGGCGAACCAACCCGACUCGGCGGCAGGAGCGGGUGAUCAAGGUCAAGAGCUGGUCGACGAAAAGCCUGAUAUUAAGCCACUGUCCAGCAUCAGCCAGAGUUCAAGCACUUUGGCCCUGAGCGACGUUGAGGACGAUGAUGGUGCAAGCGAAGUUGAAACCGACCCCUCUCGAGGCACCUCGCGUGUGUCAACUCGUCGAAAGCGGCGGUUGUCCAGCAACGUCGAAGACGCCGACAGUUCCACCGAGCACGAUUUGAAGCGAUCAAGACGAGAGCUGUGAUUUUCGUUGUUGUUCAGAAUACAUGGUU